UACGAAAUGUUAAAACAACUCUUCAGUGCGGAGGUGCUCAAUGAGGAAGAACAACAAAUUUUAGAUUUUGUUUUGUUUACUUUUACUAUUUUUGUUGAGACAAAAAUGUUCGAAUAGAGAAAUACUGCUACAUCGAGCAAAUAUAAUCUGUUAACCAGAGGUAUAAGGAGAAGAUUGUUGAAACAGAAUCAUGAGUGACAGUAAUAAAACAUUGUAUGCCAAAAUGAUUGGUGAUGUAGUCCUGGCACCAAUAUUUGAAAGGCUGGAAAAGAAGGAUCUUGCUGCUUCACAGACAUUAAGAGCAGCUUUUACAAAGGUUGACUCAAAUUUACCAGGAUUCACAUAUGACUUUACAAAAGGAUUAUUGAGAAAGGCUGACCUACAUGAAAAAUUUGAUAUCAGUGAGACAUUACUGAGGCUAGGAGGAUCACCUGAGUCAGAAGAUUUACGUAUUACUAGACCUGAGCAUACAUUCCAGGAGUUAAAUAGAUGUGCUGUUCAUUUAAAGAAAAUACUGAGUAGAAUUCCAGAACAAAUCUAUGAUAGAAAACAGUUCCUUGAAACUAUAAAAGAAAUAGCAAGUGCUAUAAAGUUAUUAUUGGAUGCAGUAAAUAGAGUGAUAAGUGAGGUACCUUCAUCAGAAAAUGGAAGCAAACAGAUAUUGGAAGACAGGAAGAAAGAGUUUGUGAGAUAUUCCAAAAAGUUCAGCAACACAUUGAAAGAAUUCUUUCGUGAUACAAACCAGAACCAGAGUGUGUUCCUGAGUGCAAACUACCUGACUUAUCAAACCAACCUUAUCUUAAAGACAGUGAAACAAGAGUGUGGAUAAAUAUACAACAUCAAUACAUUCCAGUGCCUAUUGUGUGUGUGUUGCCACAUUUAUAUAUCAUAUCUCUGUAAACAUGAACUUUAUCUGCGAUAUAAAUAAGACGUUUUCUCGUGAUUUCUAUGGCAACAUUCUUUCCAGCAUUCCUAGUUAAUCUGGGA